CCCUGUGUGUGCGUUGUAUCGUUGUCCUUCACUUGAAUGAGGUCUAAUCGCACGGGUACGUACUGUACGCUUACUGAACACUGGCAACAAUACAACAGCUAUAGAGACCACCCAUCCGGAGCGCACAUAAAACAGUCCACAAGGUUGACAGCGAUAUUUGGUGCCGGCUCCUACCUUCAACCCAUAACACCGCGAUCCCACCUCAUUCGAUUCAAUCACUUCACUGCCGUAUUCUCAUAAAGUAUGGAAGUUUGGCAGUUCAUUUCCAAGUCGAAAACUGACACUGUUGCAGGUGUAAUGCUGAACUCAUUUUGUACAGAGAGUGUGUGUUUUGUACUGAGAGCAGUCGUCUACUGUCGUCUUUCAACUAGUGGUAUGACUUUGUAAACUCGGAUAUAAUACUGCAAAGUGUCAAGCAACUUUAGUACUGGACUGGACUUUGCCACCACAGAACUGUUACUAAGCACUUCAGGAGGGAGCCUACACCCUUCCCGGAAAAUAGGUGCAGCUUCAUUUUGGGGGAGAGGACCCAGGCUUCUUGAAUGAUCAUGUCGGCAAUCACCCUGUCCGUCUACCCGGCCGAUCAACCCCCGGAGAAGCGGCGGGUCUCGUGUUGUGUAGGGUGCGGGGGACAGAUUCAGGACCAGUAUAUACUCCGGGUUGCCCCCGACUUGGAAUGGCACGCCGCUUGCCUCAAGUGUGGCGAUUGCGAUGCUUAUCUGGACGAGACUUGUACGUGUUUUGUACGGGACGGGAAACCUUACUGCAAGCGGGACUACCUCAGGUUGUUCGGAACCAAAUGUGCCAAGUGCGGCCAGGGCUUCGACAAGAACGACUUUGUCAUGCGGGCGAGGAACAAAAUCUAUCACAUCGAGUGCUUUCGUUGCGUGGCCUGCAGCCGCCAGCUGAUCCCUGGGGAUGAGUUUGCGCUACGGGAAGACGGUCUGUUCUGCAAGGCUGACCACGAGAUGCUGGAACGGAGCGGGUGCGGUGGGGCAGCGGACGGUACGGUGGUGGUAGGCAGCAACGUCCCACCAAACAACAACAACAAUGGCAACCACCGAAACUACAUGAACGACGAUGACCUUCUUAUACCAUCUCCAACGGGGCGACAGAGCCACUCGGAACCGAUGCCAAACCGGACCGUGCGCUCCCAUUCACAAAAGCAAGAGAAGCCUACCCGCGUGCGAACCGUGCUCAACGAGAAACAACUGCACACCUUACGGACUUGCUACGCGGCCAAUCCGCGACCUGACGCACUCAUGAAGGAACAGUUGGUAGAGAUGACGUCACUUAGCCCACGGGUCAUCCGGGUGUGGUUCCAGAACAAGCGAUGUAAGGACAAAAAGAGAAGCGUACUCAUGAAGCAGAUGGCUGAGCAGAACGCCAAUAAGGAUCCCAGUCGGAGGGUUCAGAAUUUCAACGGUGUACCAAUGGUUGCCUCAAGUCCUGUCAGGCACGAUUCACAGAUGCAGGGUAACCAGGUUGAAGUACAGAGCUACCAGCCACCAUGGAAGGCCCUGAGUGACUUUGCGCUGCAAAGCGAUAUCGAACAACCGCCUUUCCAACAACUGGUUAACUUUUCCGAACAGAACCUCGGGCAGUCCAAGGAUAUGCGAGACGAUAACUCUGCAAUUAUGAGUUUACCGCCAACGCCGGAUUCAUCUGACCGGGUACAUGGCGGUUCCAACGGCCACAUGGAUCGGAUGGAUUCGCUAAGCGUCAGCGAUUGACGUGGAUUUUGCGUUUUAAGUACUCAUCGACUUUCCAUUGUGCAGUAUAAUACUUGAAGUUGAAACCUUCGCCGUGGAAUAUGAGCUGAUGUGCAGAAGGGUGAGAGACUUGACUUCUCAACCCCCUUUACAACAUUAAAGAGGCGCUUUAGUGAAACAGGAAAAGUGUGUUCAGCAUAAACAGGGAAUGUCAUGAUGGGAGGUUCGAGUCCUGCUGCGGAUUAACACCGUUUAUCCAGGAAGAUGUGACCAUAGAUGUGUACGAAGGAUCCCAAGGCACUCAAAGCAAAUAUCCAGGCCAAAGAGUGCAACCACGGAGCAACAUGGCGUGUCAGUCGGCAAAGGUUUGAAUACAGUUUGGAUCAAAAUGAAUUCAUUCACAGAGAAACAACUGUCAGCACGUGUAGUCGACUACUACAGUUACAUGUUUGCACGCAUGACUACAUGUAUACUCUAUGCGUUCACUGACUGACGGGGCACUGCGAAUUUCAUAAGUUGUGAAAACGUUGAUGCUCGUCGCCCUCAAAUCUAGUGCAGGAAUGUUGCUUGAUGUUAAAAUUCCUGUUCAUGAUUUGAGCUUACGGUAAAAUAAAAACGAACAUUCCUGCUUCACUACGCAGUGCACACCAGGCCUUAAGUUUGUGCAAUUAAUUUCGUUUGGUUAACACAGAUUGUCACAUUUGAAAUACAUUGCGUUUCCACCAUAAGUAAUGAAGAGGGUUUUACAUAAUGAUGAGCAUCAAGUAGUUUUACAAAUUAGGGCCUACAAUGUUUUCGAAAAUAAUGCAUGAACGGCAUUUUAUUUUUUGCAAGCUGGAAGUACGAAAAUAUCGAUUGCAAUACAAAACUCGCCAUCCAGUAUAAAUGUUUGUUUGGUUUCGACUUCGCAUAGACGGAUUUAAAUUAGAAUCCAAUGAAAUGUUCUGAGUGCUUAGCCAUUUUGAUGGUAUUGCGAACCUUUACUUUGUUUAAUCCUAACCACAAAAGAGAACACUGAAGGCACUCGGUUUCAGAACUGAUUUGAAAUCCGUCUAUACCGCAUGGCCUUUUCAUGAAUCAGUACACUCUUUGAACAUAAACCACUCCGUUUUUCGGAUCGGUUGCAUAGAGAUGUACAUUGAACCUAUAGUUUCCGAUUUUUCAUUCAUAUUACAUUGAUGAUAUCACGUAGAGCUUCAAUUUGUUUAAAUCUAGAGUAUCUUGCUGCAUGUUGGUGUACACGUUAGGUAUGAUUUUCGUCAAUCUUUUACUACUGUUUAGCAACACUGAAGUGAAAAUGGUCUUUUCAUUCAUGGCUCUCCUUCAGGAUCAAAAAUCAGGGAUAAUAUAUUCCAAUCUCACUUUUCAAGUAUAGUUUGGCUUUUAGAAGUUCAAACGCCUGAGAGAGAUCCUAACUUGUCGGCAGCUAACAGUAGCUCCUAUAAAUGCCGAUAUGCAAAGCAGGCAAUGUUAAAUAUGACGUCAUUGCUUAAUUCCUAGCUUGAUGUUGCCCCGAUAACAAAUCCACUAUUUGUGCUGGCUACAACAUGCUUGUACGGUUUUGGGCCGGCAUAUGCAUAAUAUCUUGGACUUAACGGGACAGAUACCGACACAAAGGUUCCAGUUUCAAACCUUCAAAUGUUUUCUAAUUUUAAUGCUUUAUUUUUAAGAUGUGUCUUUCCCGUCAGUUAAGUAUGAGAGGCUGCAUCAAGCAUCUCACCCAAUCUCGGGCAUUUAGCCCCAUGUUGCAAAGUUGUUUUUAAUAUUUUGUUUCUUGCCAGUAUAUACUAUAUUCAAUUUUGAAUGAUUCGGGUUUUUUUCCCUCUUUUUUUGGAGGUACAUGUAUGCGUACUUGCAGUGGCUACGCUCACACCAUGUAAAUUAUAAAAAAGUUUGGUUCAUUUUCAUUAUUUAUUGAAAGGUAUUACAUGUACUUCGUUGUGUAAAUUCAGAUAGACUUAUUUGUAUAUAUCAUUUGGCCCAUUCAAAGAUAUUCCACAGUUUCAGAAAAACAAGGGCUGGUAAUAACAUUUGUGUCUUUGUUCAUCCCACCUUAAUUCUUUAAUUGUCCCAAUAUUUUAAAAGUGAAAACAUGGCAAUAUAAUGUGUACGUUGUGCCCGAUCACGGAUGAGUUGGGUUCUUUUUGCGUGUGCUCCUCUCGGUUGCCAGCACUUCUUGUAUCCGUUCACGACCUUUCCCUUUUCUAUGAAUUUGAAUAAAGUUCCAAUAGGGCGGCCGGCGAGGCCGAUUUCCAGCCGAACCGUGACGGCACAAGCAGCAGCCGAAUUUGGGUUUCCUUUCAGUCUAAUCACACGACGACCCGCUUGGCUUUGCUACCCGCACAGAAUUCGUCUGUUCAUUUUACAAUCGUUGGCAAUUCCAUUCCCCGUUCAUUUUUUGUGUGUGAAAGAAUCACAAGAAAGCGAACGUGAGGUAACUAUGACCACUAGAUAGGCGAGAGGGUAAGAGCAGCGGCAAAAGUGUAGACCCUAACCAGAGAUUAGUGUUUUGUCUGGAGAGAAUGGGUCAAUGAACCUGGUCUUUUGUGAUUUGGCAGGAGCAAAUCACUAACCUAAAACCAAAAAUACAACCCACGACGGAGAUGAUGCUAUAAAUUGGUAAAUUCUUACGAACCGUACAUUCUGCGUCACGGUUUAAACUAGGGUUUGUCAAUUUGUGGUGACAUCAUCAAAUACGUCGUUCUAGCUUCCUGUAAGGUAUUCGUCACUGGACUUACUUUAUGAUGGUAUAUUUAUGUGCAAUGCUUAAUUCCUAUGAAACACACCAAACGAAGCAAUAUGUCGAUGAUCAAAUAUUCUAAUCACAAUCUGUACUAUCAACUCUCUUCGAGAAAAAAAGGACAGUUUUUUUAAUCGGCAUUUGCGUAGAUAAACAAGGCUUACUCCAUUAUAAAUGUAUCUGUAUGUUUAUAUUUUAUAGGGCACCAAAACGCAAUAUCACUUUACAUUACUUCGUUGAAGUCAUUACUUUGUCGCAGUGCUUAUACUGACUAUUGUUUACCGUCGAUAUAUUGUUGAUAUUGAUAUUAUCUUCAUCGUAUGUGUUAACCGUAUAACGAAAUACAGUCAUGUUAUUCUGAAAAAUUGUACGUGUACAUAGGACAUACAACGUGCACCAGUUAUUUUCAUGUAAAGAAAAGAUGUGGAUAUGAUGUACGAAUUGGCGUUUCCUUUUACUUUUGAUCUAACUUAUUUGUUGUCGGUGUAACUGCUAUUUGCUGGUGUAUAUUUAAGAUGAAGUGACGUUUUCCAGUCGCAUUUUGGCAAAUAAAGAUAUCACCGGUGGCUGAAACCUA